GGAGAGUCAGAUUGGGCGCCGGGAGGCGGAAAUACGUAAGGGCAGGUUCCGGUGACCGUGGAAACGUCGAAGGCAGCAGAAUGGAGGAGGUGCCUCAGGGCUGUCCCGGAACCGGCAGCGCCCAGGCGGGCCGAGGGGCCUCAUGUCAGGGCUGCCCCAACCAGCGGCUCUGCGCCUCCGGAGCCGGCGCCGCUCCCGACCCAGCCAUAGAAGAAAUCAAAGAGAAAAUGAAGACCGUGAAACACAAAAUCUUGGUGUUAUCUGGGAAAGGUGGUGUUGGAAAAAGCACAUUCAGUGCCCACCUUGCCCAUGGCCUAGCAGACGAUGAAAACACACAGGUCGCUCUUCUGGACAUUGAUAUAUGUGGACCAUCAAUUCCCAAGAUAAUGGGACUGGAAGGAGAACAGGUAAUAAUGAUAGUGGGAACCACAGGAAAGUAUUCUCACGGCACACCCUAGCACCGGACUACUCCCACACAAAGGGGUCAGCAGAGCCAUGCGUUUUUAUGCGGCCCUGUUGAAACCAGGUGAAUGUUCACCAGUCCGUCUGUCUGCCUCAAUGACCACCGUGAGCUUGGGGGUUGGGACUGGAUAUAAAGUGCACCCACAUCAUUUGAGAAGCAUCAGUUUCAGUGCCUUCUUAGAGGGGAAGGGAAACAGCAAGUAAAAUGCAGAAGUAGGACACAGAAACUUCGCACUGCCUGGGAAAGCUAGACC